UUUCUCUUUCAUUCUCUCCCUCUCUGUGCUCCAGGUGUGGGGGGCAGUCAGGUGUUGGUGCCCCAGAAGGUGAGUGCUGUGUUGGGGAAGAAUGUGACGUUGGGCUGUAGCGUGGAUGUGGGGGCCAACCUCAGUCUUACCCAGAGUUCCUGGGAGCGACGGCUCCCCACAGGCUCGGUGACGGUGGCGGUGUACAACCCCGUGUUCGGCAUCUCCAUCUCCCCAGACUACGUACGCCGCCUGUCCUUCCGCUCGCCCUCCUCCCAUGACGCCACCAUCAUACUGGAGGAUGUGGGCUUUGCGGACAUUGGAGUAUAUACCUGCAAGGUGGCCACCUUCCCCCUGGGCAACACACAGGCCUCCACCACUGUCAGCGUGCUCGGUAGGAGUGUGUGUGCUUGUGUUGGCGUUGGUGUGUGUGUGUGGGUGGGUGUCUAUUAGAGCUGGGACGAUAAACUGGAAAUUAUCGACACUGACUAUACCGAUAACUUAUCCCAGGCAUUUUGCCUACACUAGAGAAAUGUGAAGUUUGAAAUGAAAUACGUUUGCUAAUAUGGAUGAUUGUUAAUGGGAGAAUUAAUGUCUACAACCAUCAAACUAGUAGUAGUAGUUUAAAAUAUCAUUUAAAUCGUUAUCUCAUCAAUUCAGGCAAUUUAUCGCAAUAUGGAUUUUUGUCCAUAUGACCCACCUCCAGUGUCUAUCUCUGUGUGCAACACACCUCUUGUAAGUGUAUGUGUGUGUUUGUAUGGCUAAUGGUGUGCUUGUAAGAUUCUGAAAUGUAAUCCUGUAUCUUAGUAAAGUGCCUCUUGGAAAAUGUAUGAAUUAUGCAUAGCCAUUGUGGGGGUGAGGCGAGUAAGAGAUAAUGGGGGCGCGAUCUGUCUGAUCCUUGCUUUGGUCUGGAAGUAGAGUAGGCCAACUGGAUAGGACAAUGGAUGGACCCGUGAAUUCCAGGGAAGUUGUAGAGACAUUUUAAACUAGCAAGGAAAGUUGAAGCAGGAAAUGCUGCUUAAUCGGAUGAUUGUUUGGUUGAAUAGCGUGUUAACCAAUCAGCGUAGGUUCCGCCUACACUUUUGAUGGGUCAGUUUGAAGUUUUAGUAAUUCAGGAACAUUCCAACGCAAGGACUAUUGUAUGACAUAGUGAAUUUAUUAUGUAUUUCAAAAAUGAAUCGGUAUUUGAUUAAUUAAUGACACAUUAAUAAACUUUAGUAUUUAAUUCUAAUUUAAUUAAUUAAAUAGCCUUUAAGAAAUUAUUAAUGUGUAGUUUAUUAUUUAUGUGGCACUUUUAGUCCUCCAUAGGGGAGAGAGCGAAAAAGAAUUGAAGGUAGUGAGGAUGAGUGGUUGGAAGAAGGGUUGGUUGUAGAAGGGGCAUUGCAAUGAGAAGAGUCAUGAAGAUUUGCAGUGGGGUAAACAGUAUGACAGUUUGGUACAGUUGAGAGAGUGAGAGGAGGGGUGAAGGAAUAGGAACGAGGGAGCGAGGGAGGGGUGUACAGGAACAGGGUGCUAUAAUUAGAGCUAGAGGAAUGUGGUGGGCAAUAAGUUGUGUGUUGCACAAUUGAGACGCCCCUCUGUUUUAAGGGAUCCCGGGGAGUGAGGGUCGGGGUUAGAUAGAUGUAUCAUUCCAGGCAAGGCCAUGGCUUACACACACACACACACACACACACACACACACACACACACACACACACACACACACACUGUUGUUGAAAGGUUACAGGAAGUCUCUGAGCUGCUACUGCGUAGUAGGACCGGGGAAAAGGAGGGAGAUGGAAAGGGGGGCGGAGAUGGAAAGAAGGAGUGGUGGAAAGAAGGAAACAGCCUGGUGAAUGACUGAAAGAGUGCGUGUGUUUGGAACCGCUCCCAGAACAUACUCAGGAACUCAACUCUGCUUCCCUAGAGCAGGGUUCCCCAAUAGGCAGCCCACGGGCCAAAUUCGGCCAGCGGGUGAUUUUAUUUGGCCCCUGAGCAACAACAACAAAAAAUCGGAACAUAUAUACAGUGGGGAAAAAAGUAUUUAGUCAGCCACCAUUUACAUUUUACAUUUAAGUCAUUUAGCAGACGCUCUUAUCCAGAGGGAUUUUAGUCAGCCACACAAUUGUGUAUCAAGUUCUUUAAAAAGAGAUUCUAGAGGCCUGUAUUUUCGCAUAGUCACGUUAUGACAGACGCAAAUGCGAAAAAAAUUCCAUCCCAUGGAUUGACUAAGAUUUGCAAAAGGGUUUUUUGAUUGUUCUCCCACUUAAAAAGAUGAGAGAGGCCUGUAAUUUUCAUCAUAGGUACACGUCAAACUAUGACAGACAAAAUGAGAAAAAAAUUCCAGAAAAUCACAUUGUAGGAUUUUUUAUGAAUUUAUUUGCAAAUUAUGGUGGAAAAUAAGUAUUUGGUCACCUACAAACAAGCAAGAUUUCUGGCUCUCACAGACCUGUAAACUUCUUCUUUAAGAGGCUCCUCUGUCCUCCACUCGUUACCUGUAUUAAUGGCACCUGUUUGAACUUGUUAUCAGUAUAAAAGACACCUGUCCACAACCUCAAACAGUCACACUCCAAACUCCACUAUGGCCAAGACCAAAGAGCUGUCAAAGGACACCAGAAACAAAAUUGUAGACCUGCACCAGGCUGGGAAGACUGAAUCUGCAAUAGGUAAGCAGCUUGGUUUGAAGAAAUCAACUGUGGGAGCAAUUAUUAGGAAAUGGAAGACAUACAAGACCACUGAUUAUCUCCCUCGAUCUGGGGCUCCACGCAAGAUCUCACCCCAUGGGGUCAAAAUGAUCACAAGAACGGUGAGCAAAAAUCCCAGAACCACACGGGGGGACCUAGUGAAUGACCUGCAGAGAGCUGGGACCAAAGUAACAAAGCCUACCAUCAGUAACACACUACGCCGCCAGGGACUCAAAUCCUGCAGUGCCAGACGUGUCCCCCUGCUUAAGCCAGUACAUGUCCAGGCCCGUCUGAAGUUUGCUAGAGUGCAUUUGGAUGAUCCAGAAGAGGAUUGGGAGAAUGUCAUAUGGUCAGAUGAAACCAAAAUAUAACUUUUUGGUAAAAACUCAACUCGUCGUGUUUGGAGGACAAAGAAUGCUGAGUUGCAUCCAAAGAACACCAUACCUACUGUGAAGCAUGGGGGUGGAAACAUCAUGCUUUGGGGCUGUUUUUCUGCAAAGGGACCAGGACGACUGAUCCGUGUAAAGGAAAGAAUGAAUGGGGCCAUGUAUCGUGAGAUUUUGAGUGAAAACCUUCCAUCAGCAAGGGCAUUGAAGAUGAAACGUGGCUGGGUCUUUCAGCAUGACAAUGAUCCCAAACACACCGCCCGGGCAACGAAGGAGUGGCUUCGUAAGAAGCAUUUCAAGGUCCUGGAGUGGCCUAGCCAGUCUCCAGAUCUCAACCCCAUAGAAAAUCUUUGGAGUGAGUUGAAAGUCCGUGUUGCCCAGCGACAGCCCCAAAACAUCACUGCUCUAGAGGAGAUCUGCAUGGAGGAAUGGGCCAAAAUACCAGCAACAGUGUGUGAAAACCUUGUUAAGACUUACAGAAAACGUUUGACCUGUGUCAUUGCCAACAAAGGGUAUAUAACAAAGUAUUGAGAAACUUUUGUUAUUGACCAAAUACUUAUUUUCCACCAUAAUUUCCUCAUUUUGUCUGUCAUAGUUGACGUGUACCUACGAUGAAAAUUACAGGCCUCUCUCAUCUUUUUAAGUGGGAGAACUUGCACAAUUGGUGGCUGACUAAAUACUUUCCCCACUGUAUAUUUUUGUAUAUUUAUGAUUUUCGUUGUUGGACAUAAAACUGUAAAAUCACCAGGAAAUCAGCUCAAAGUAAUGUUAAUUUAAGAAAUCUGUUCCCAAGUAUUCCCACGCAUAAAUAGAGGCAUAUGUGAUCGUAUCCCAAUGUAAUCAAGGUUUGAAAUGAAUCUGUUUUUGUCAAAUACUAUACAGUAUCUGUUUGGGAUUGUUGUGGUCAAUGUUUUGUGUAAAAAAUAUUUGUAACUAUUUUCCAGCCCCCCGACCAUCCGCUCAAGGAAAAAUUGGCCCAUGGCUGAAUGUAAUGGGGGACCCCCUACUGGAACUCUGACUGAACACUACAACCCUUUCUAUCCUCUAUCUCUAUCUCUAUCUCUCUCUAUCUCUAUCUCUAUCUCUCUAUCUCUCUAUCUCUCUAUCUCUCUAUCUCUCUAUCUCUCUAUCUCUCUCUCUCUCUCUCUCUCUCUCUCUCUCUCUCUCUGUCUCUCUGUCUCUCUGUCUCUCUGUCUCUCUGUCUCUCUGUCUCUCUGUCUCUCUGUCUCUCUGUCUCUCUGUCUCUCUGUCUCUCUGUCUCUCUGUCUCUCUGUCUCUCUGUCUCUCUGUCUCUCUGUCUCUCUGUCUCUCUGUCUCUCUGUCUCUCUGUCUCUCUGUCUCUCUGUCUCUCUGUCUCUCUGUCUCUCUGUCUCUCUGUCUCUCUCUCUCUCUCUCUCUCUCUCAGUGGAGCCCAAGGUGUAUGUGUCGGCUGGCUCUGUGGCUUUGAUCGACGAGGGCAAUGAAACGGUGGUGGCCACCUGCAUCGCUGAGCGGGCCCGGCCCCCCGCCGAGGUCUCCUGGGAGACGGACCUGUUUGGCCAAUCAGAGGUGACGCUGCAGGACGAGGCAAACGGCACCACCAGCACCCAGGUUCGCUACCUGUGGCAGCCCACCCGCCAUGUCCAGGGUCAUGCCCUCACCUGUGUGGUGCGCCACCCUGCCUUGCACACAGACUUCAGGAUCCCUUAUCAGCUCAACGUGCAGUGUGAGUCUCUCUCUCUCGUGUGUGUGAUUUAAGUACCCACGAGACUGCCUUUACUGUUCAUAAUCAUUCACACAUAAGUAAUGUCUAUGAUGCUGUAAUUUUAGCAGACUUGAUUUAUUGAUUUGUGUAAUUCCACCCAAAAAAUUGUGGGGUGGGUGAGUUUUCCACUUUUUCAGAUUGUGUCUGUUGCCCCUUCUCUGUGUCGUGUCUCUGCAGACGCCCCAGACAUCGUGGUGGUAGGUUAUGAUGGUGACUGGUACGUGGGCCGUGAGAACAUCCAACUGACCUGCAAAGCCAAAUCAAACCCACCAGCACACCACUUCAAAUGGAUCAGGUUUGUGAGCGUGUGCGCUCACCGCUCGUGUUUUUAUGUGUGGACAAAUUAGUUCUUACUGCAGAUUGAGCGUUGAACCAGUGUUUGUGUAUAAUUGUGUCCGGCUGUCUUUCAUUUUAUGUAAUUGUGUGUGUAUCCAAGACUGGACGGGAACAUGCCAGAGGGGGUGGAGAUGGUGAAUAACACGUUGCUGUUUCUGAGGCCCCUCCAACGGAAUGACUCUGGAGUCUACAGGUGUGAGGUUGCCAAUGACAUCAACCUACGCAGCAGGGACCUGCGGAUACGCAUACAAGGUGAGCGGGGGAAAGAAACACUGCUGAAUAUGCACACAGCUUGUUAUUCCACACGUAUUCUCCCUGUCUCUCUUAGGGAGAGCUUUAAACAUAUUCUGGCCUUGAAGCUUUCAGUGUCAACAUAAUACCAUGGAGAUGAGUCAUGAUUUAUCUAUAUGGAUAAUACUGUCUUUGUGGCUCCCGCUACUAAACACUUUUUGCAUUUUAUGCUUUUGUAACAACAGCAUUUCCAUAAUAAAUGUAAUAAAGAAACAUGAUCCAUCCAGCAUUUCGUCAUUCUAGACCCCAGUCCGUCUAAGUUUGAGGGUGUGUCAGUGUUUGAAAUUAAGCGAGCUGCCACGCUGUAUUAGUGCAGAUUAUUUCCGGUCCUCAGAUGUAAGAGUCUUAAUUAGGUCCUGAUUAGUCUUGAUUAGAUCUCCAGAUGUUCAACAGGAGAGGAGAUCUCCCUGGUUCUCUGGCCAAACCCCUUCUGUCUGCUCAUCCCCAAGACAUCAUCCUCUAUGACCACUAACUCACUCCUCCACUCUCCUCUCCUCUGUCGUUCCCAUGGCUUGGCAUGUGUCUCUGCGGCCCUAAAUCUCUCUUCCCCUUAAUGGAGCUUUCAUUUCAGUAUCACAUUGACUACUGUACUGUACAUCUCUCUCUCUGCUCCGUCUCUCCACUCUCUCUACCUCUUUCUGUCUCUGUCUCUUUCCGUGUCUGUCUCUCUUUGUCACGCAGUGAAAGGCAAAAGCAUGCAGCCUUGACUGAGAGAUGAGGGCGUCCCAGAUUCAUAACAUUCACCAGCACUUUUCAACUCCUAUUCAUUAUUUAUGAAACCUUUUUUGUUGCUUUUCCCUUUGAGAGGGGCUCUGUGGUUUUGUGUGUGGUGUGUUGUCUCUGUGUGCACGACUCUGGGGGUGUGUGUGGUGUGUUGUCUCUGUGUGCACGACUCUGGGGGUGUGUGUGGUGUGUUGUCUCUGUGUGCAUGCCUCUGGGGGUGUGUGUGGUGUGUUGUCUCUGUGUGCACGACUCUGGGGGUGUGUGUGGUGUGUUGUCUCUGUGUGCAUGCCUCUGGGGGUGUGUGUGGUGUGUUGUCUCUGUGUGCACGACUCUGGGGGUGUGUGUGGUGUGUUGUCUCUGUGUGCACGACUCUGGGGGUGUGUGGUGUGUUGUCUCUGUGUGCAUGCCUCUGGGGGUGUGUGUGGUGUGUUGUCUCUGUGUGCAUGCCUCUGGGGGUGUGUGUGGUGUGUUGUCUCUGUGUGCACGACUCUGGGGGUGUGUGUGGUGUGUUGUCUCUGUGUGCAUGCCUCUGGGGGUGUGUGUGGUGUGUUGUCUCUGUGUGCACGCCUCUGGGGGUGUGUGUGGUGUGUUGUCUCUGUGUGCACGCCUCUGGGGGUGUGUGUGUGGUGUGUUGUGCGCCCAAACGUUCGUGCAGUGUCUCCGCAUGGUGUCGCAUAAUUCAUAUGAUUCAAGUGGAAUUCACAGGGCCAUAACGUCAGAGAUCUAUAUCUCUACAGACAUCUGACCUGGAACUAGGAACUAAGACUGGAGUGUCAUUUUAUGUCCCUGUUUGAACAACUUCACAAUGUCACUUAACACUUUUAGAGGGAACCUUUCACACAUGAUGCAGCAGACACAUCACUCAGUCCUAAUCCAAUCAUAACCACAAUGGUUAAAUACAGACUCAGCAAGUCCGGACAGAAAUACUAGCAGAUGGAAUACGCACAGCAGAUUGACCAGAGAUGUGACAGCAUGUCCCAUCUGUGAUACUAAGCUGUUGAUUAAGGGUGCAUGAUCAUGGUUCAUCUGGCCCAAAGAACAUUCUAGGGGGUAUUUGAAGAUCUGGAUCAAGUCAUUAACGCAUAUGCCCAAAACAGUUGUUCAAAUUGACUGAUUGGAUGAAUUGUGAAGGAGUGAUUCACCCUUUUUGCCCAUCUCUUUACCCGAGUAUCCAUCCCUGAACCAAUCCCUUCUAUCUUAGUAGUCCUUCCCAUCUCUCCAAGCCCCUAACAUCAGUGCUGACUCUAUUCUAGACAUCCCUCCUUCCUACCUGUCAUUGUCUCACAACAUUAUCCAUGGCAAUGACAUGUUUAUCUUUAUUUGAAAUGCUCAACAUAAGCUCUUCAUAAAGCCCUCAUAAGCACACAUAACAGGCACAUCAUUAUCAUUAAAGUGUUAAUCAGUUAGUUCAUUCAACCUGAUUUUAAUGGAGGUAGCUACAGUACGUCAUGUGAGUGUCCCUCAAACCUAACAGUAGAUCUGUGCAAUCCGGAACAAGUCUUCUCUUCCCUCUUGCAUAGAUUUACAGGCAAGGAACAUAGUGACUAACAGUGUGUAUGUCAUGUUGCCUCUAGUUGUCAGCCAGCAUUAUGUGGGCAUUAUGAACAGGUUAUACCGUACUACUUCAAAUAAGGUGUUACAGACACUAACAAAAGCCAGUCAGCAUUGACUUCAAUUGAUGAUUGUUUUAAAAAAUGUGUUUUUGCUUUGUAGAUGACUUAGUUCCUGAUCACUCAUCUCUGGUUCCUAGACUAGUAACAUCACAUCCCUCUGCCUUACCUUUCCAUUAUUUUGUGAGUAAUGUAAUAAUGCUCACUUUCACAGUCGCUGGUUUGCUACAGCUCAGCCUACAGCACAUUUGGCUGCUAUAGGCUGCAUGUAAUUUUGGGUACAUUAGCUCAGUCCCAAGACAUCAACAGUUAAUUUACCACAUCUACACAUUUUUAAAGGCAACUUCUAUCCUCAAGUGGUCUGUCAAGACCUAACAACAACAACAACAUACUUUGUUCAGACAUGUCAUUGCAAACCAGAGGCUGUUAUGAGCAUGUCGUUUUAGAUGUAGAAAUGUAGGUAGUAUUUUCAUGUCAACCUAUCCCCUUUCAGUAAUAUGCUGAUUUAGUUGGCAUUGACAUUCUCUACUUUUCUGUCUGCCUUUCCAUCCCUCCCUCCCUGACCCUCUCCUUUCCCCCAUCUCCCCCUCUACUCCUACCUCCCACCCUGCCUCCCUCCAUUAGAUCCUCCCACCACAUCCAUGCCCUCCACCACCCCUGUGCCUGUCCUAACCGGCUCUGCUUCCUCCUCUGUGGGAGACAAGCGACGGGUCCUCUUCACCUCCCCCACCCUGGCAGCCCUGCCCCCCGACAACCACCUGGGCACCAUCGUGGGCGGGGCUGUGGGCGGAGCCUUGUUCCUCCUGUUGCUGGUGCUGGGCGGGGUCUGUUACCUACGGCAACGGCAGACCUUCCGCGGGGACUACUACACUAAGCAGUACGUAGGGCCUUCAGACAUGCAGAAGGCUCCUCCACAGCAUGAGCUCCACCCCACCAAGCCUGCCAAUAACGUCUACCUAGACAAGGACCGCGAAGAGUGGGGCGACCGCGAACGCCUCCACCUGCAUCCAACAUCAACAACCAUCUUGAACAACCCACAGAGAACCGGAGUGCCAGCCCAACGGCCUCACGAGGGCGAUGAGGAACGGAGACCACAAUCACCAUGACCACGACCACCUGCGUAGCUACCCCAGCCCCCACCAGAUAGGCCAUGCCAGAUACGCUGCCAAGUCACACCCACUGAGCACUGGCUCCCCCUACCUGUCGGAUGACUGCUAUGACAGUGGGGCCGAGGGGGACUAUGUCUCCCAUACGGAUGGCUCAGUGAUCUCACGCAGGGAGUGGUACGUCUGAUCCCACCACCACCACCAGGCAUGCUACCCUGCCACCAGACUCUGUCACCAGAGAGAAGAGAGGAGGAUUUCAUACAUUAUUUAAGAAAAGAGAAUACUCACAUGUUCUGACUCUCUACAUCUCUCUCUCUCUUUCUCUCUUUCUCACAAGCUCAUGUGUUUGGACAUUGUCUUUUUACUGUAGUUCUAUCUUGCUCUUUUUCAACAUGGUUUGUCAUUUCUCAUACAAGAGGUAUUUUCCUCUGAUUUUGAUCCUCAUCAUGGAAGGUGUGUGGAUUGCCUAGCCACACUGUGUGGACAUGCCUUCAUUCUGCACUAGAGGACAAAUCUGUUAACUAGUUAAUGUGUGGUUAGGGAUCACAGUUCACUAUACAUGCACUACUGGGUCUGCCUCAUGGUAUUGUUUUGAUUGCAAGCCUGCAGCAAUUUUCCUUUUAAUGUUAAUUACUUUGUAUACAAAGGCAGCACUCUUGUGCCAGUUAAUAAUUCUUUAAAUGGAAUUAAAUCAGAGAGAAACUGUCCCCAAAGAAAGAUGGAAGAAGGGAAGAGAAAUCAAAAAGUGGAGUGUAUUUACUUGUCAUUCCAGAUUUCAUUUCUUUUUGGUCUAUGGUUUGGUACCCACAGAAAGGGGAAAUAAUUUACAGAUUUCUGGCACGUACAUUUGUUGUAGUAGCUAAGUGGAUAGCAUGUAUACAAAUCACACAACAUUAUACUCAUUAUGUGCUGUUCCACACGUAUGUGUGAGUGUAUUAUUGGUACCAGUGCCAACCUCGUCAGUAUUGUCAGAUAGCAUUAGAUGCUGUCAUUGCAGCAGGAUGUCAUAGGUUAGAACUAUGUCUGCAAUGUUAUGUAUCAGUGUGGUGGUUUGUCUCAGAUAGCAGUACAGUAAUGAUAACUAAUGAGUUAAAACUGAGUAUUAGUUAACUUGUAUAUUACCUCUUCAUACAGAGAUUUUCAGCCCUUAAUAGAAGAAAAAAUAUUAAACUAGGGAUCCCUUUUCACAGAUGAGGGGAUGGCUGUAUGUUCAGGAGCUACAUGCAUUCUGUAAGCACCCUCUUCCUCUAUUUAUGUGUGCUUUUCUAUAUAUAAUCUGAAAUGCCCAUAGAAAUAGAGUACCAUUUAUAGGCUCUCCAUAUUUCGAAGAAAACAGUGAAUGGGCAUAAUACUUCUACUUCAGUUUUGUUAUUUCAUCUGUGAUACUGUGAAGUAAAUAGAGAAUCAUUGUUCUCCGUCGUCUAGUGAGAUUUCCUCUGUUACUCGCGGCUCUGGGUUCAGUUAUGUGACCGGUGCCUUAUCCCAGAAGAGCAGUAAAGUGAGUAGUACAGUAAUCAAAUAAAAAAAAUAUGGUAAUGUUAUUUUUACAGACAAAAGUGCAAGGCCUGUUUGGUCCUCUGAGUGAGACGUUUGUUGCCUUUUGUUGUUAGUUUUUUGUUCAUUUUUGAUUGAGGGAUUCUCUUUUUGUGACGCAUCUUCUUUUCUGUCUUCUCUCUAAGUCAUGAAGUUUGAUGAUAGCAUUAUUUUUGCUCUUACAAUGAAAGACAUUUGCAACGUCUGAGUUGCAAAACACCUAAACAAAGCUGAACUAAGCUAAAAGGAUAAUAUAAUAAUAAUAUGCCAUUUAGCAGACGCUUUUAUCCAAAGCGACUUACAGUCAUGAUCAUUAUAUUAUUGUACAGUUCCUAUAUGACAGUGUUCUGUCAGGGCAGCAGAGUUAAAGGGAUAGUUCACCCAAAUUACAAAAUGACAUUGGUUUCCUUACCCUGUAAGCAGUCUAUGGACAAGGUAUGAUUGCAAUCCAUGCUUUGGUUUAGAUUCAAAUAAUCUAUAAGUGACUUUGUUGAGCUUCACAAUCAAUUUUAGAUACUUUUGGAUGAUUUGGACAUGAUGCGUGAAAAAUGCUAAUAUCGGUCCAAUGACUUGAAUGGGAUGUGUCCCACGAAUGCUAAAACAUUAGCAUGUGGAAACAGUGCCUGGGAAACUCAACCAAAGCAUGGAUUGCUGUCAGACCUUGUCCAUAGACUGCUUACAGGGUAAGGAAACCAAUGUGUCAAUUUGGGUGAACUGUCCCUUUAAGUGUGCAUGGUAUAUAAGAAAAUGAAGUGGGGAUUUUUGUUUAGUUCUUGUACAAAGUCUGAGAGAAUGGAGAGUGGAGCACCCCACCACCUCACCAGGGUUGACCUCCAACUGUAUUUCACAUUCUUCUUGCAAGCACCUUCCCAUUGUGUUCAUGCUUGUUCUGUAUAUAAGAGAAGAGCUACUGUAAGUUUUAAACAUAUAUAAUUCAAGAAAAAAUAGAAAAUAAUCACAUGCUGUAUCAUCAACGACAAUAAGCAUUAUUUUGUACAGUACAUCUUUUUUUUUUUAAUACUUUUGUUUUCAAUAAAGCACCUUUUUUUCUGUGAGUUGCAUUUCCUGACUGAUCUGCACUCCUAAACAAGCAUCACAAGCUUCCUCAGGCAGCUACUGUACUCUCAAACUGAUCAUUCUCCUCCCUGUGCUCUUCAAGGUGACGUCAUCUUUAGCUCCCUCACUCAUCAUACAGCCUGUGCGCCGGUGAAUCACUGUGUGGACAUGGAGAGCACACACUCGCAGAGUAAAAUCUUCCAAACAAAUCUAUAUCAGGUUACUGCCAUUAUCACAAGCCAGCGUUGCAAUAUGAGAUUUCAUUAGUUUUUUGCUCUAUUUGACUGCUGCCCAUCUCUUUCCCUUCUCCUUCUCUCUCUUACUCUGCCUCUCUCCAAAUGCUUUUUGUAGAAGUCAGCAGAGAUCAAAAAACCCUCUUGUCUUUAGUCUCUUUCCCCUCUCUGGUUCUCUUGUCAUCUCUCGUCUGGCUUUGUGACAGAACAGAAAUUGCCCCCUGCUCCCCUCUACAGCUUGUCUCCUUUGUGAAUUUCCCCUGUGCCUCUCUCCCAGUAUUUCACAGCUGGUGAAAUCAAAUGGUUAGUGUUUAUAUCUGCCCCUGAGUUCCCCCUCUCUGGGCCAUUGACUCUGUCCCCAUGGCAACAGUCUCAUCUGGAGCUGGUGACAGAGGCGGGCUCCCUCAGGGUCCCACUGCAUGUACCUGCAGACUGAGAGAGGGGGUCAAGAGAGGGGGGGGGGGGGGAGAGCAAGGUCAAAGGGGCUGUUGAAGGACAGGAAAAUUAGAGAAUUGGCCAUCAGACAUGAAAUGGCCCAUUAUGAUAAGCUGCCAGUUGCAUUGAGGUGGCUCUGCAGGGUUAAGAAAUCAUUUGGGACCUUGGCAUUGUGUUCGUGUAUGUCAUCAAGACACCGCUUUUCCAGAAAAUCUUCUUUCUGCUCGACUCUUAUUUCAGUAGAUUGUGUCCAUGAAAGUUUUGCAAGGCCUCAUUCACCUUGGACUGGAACAUGCCUAAUUAUAUUGUACUGAGUGGACUGUUGAUUUAACACCAGCUCUCCAGCAGUAAUGAUUUUCAGUCUGUUAUGCUUGAAUUAUGUUGAAAUCCCAUUAAACAAAUCGAUUAAUUGAUUUGUCUUAUCUAUCACCUUCAGCAGAUAUGAAGCGAUUUUAGGUAUACUUUACGAACCAGAGUCGACCCACAGUGCAGACAGCAGGGUAGUGCACAAUCUUAAAUUAAUGUGAAAAUAUUUAAUUUAGAAAUCAGUUUUUAAAUGAAGAUUGAGUUUGACUGUAACAAACAGAGAGUAGUGGGGACCACCAGUACCGUGCCCCACUGUGCAGCUAGCUGGUGUCUAAUUGGGACAGAUGCCUGACAGGGUGACAGACCACCCACACUCUUCCUGUCCCGCCGCCUCGUCCCAUCUGAUCCGCCCACUACAUGAGCAUCUGCUUCCUCAGGGCUCGCUGUUUGGCCGGUAACCACAUGACCCUUGACCUUGCUGUUAAGAUUUUAGCGUGGGUGACUGUCUCAGGGGGCAUCUGCUGUCCCCUCCCAGUCUCAGUUUGACCUCUGUAGGUCAGUGAUAUGUGUUCAGUCACCUCUGGGGUUUAGGUUUGCCCUGACCUGGGUUAGGUACGGGUGUGGUCAUACACCUCUGAUUCCCUCUGUCCUUUCAGAGGGGUUUGGGUUGGGCUUUGUCUGUCAGCACGGUUCUGAGACAAGUGGAUUAGUAGACUGAGACCCUGAGACAGGAUUAAGCCUCUACCUGGGUCAGGUUGCAGUUUGGGAAUCUAUCGUCGGGAUGUAGUGUCUAUCAAAUCCUCUAAGGUGUUGGCCACGGCAGCCUUAGAAUUAGAGAAUUAGGAUCCUUAAGGCUUGCGCACAUCACAUCGAAUGUGGAUCUAGCGUUAGUCUGCUGAUCAUUCAGCGUGUUGUGUUUUAGGGACCACCCGCUGCAGAAGUCUGACUGACAACAUUUUUUCACGUGAUUCUACAUGUAAAAUCGUUGCGCACUUGGUUCGCAAAUGACUUUCAGAGGUGCUAAGUUCUCUGGCCAGAAAACACUAUUGGUGUGACUGAGACUUUAGAGUUUGAGAAUCAGGAUCCUUGUGAUCACCCCUGACAGCCACACACACCACACUCCUCUUAUCCACACAACACACACCUCUCACCUACACAUCUGUCUGUCAUUACCACCACCCCACUCAUAGGAGCAGUAUAUUCACUCUUGCCUUGUCUGGUCAGAUGUACGUUAGCUAAAGUGGGCAGAGAGAACAGAGAGUCUUAAGGUCAUUGUACUUGACUCAUCAUCUGCUGUCAUGGUUAUCAAAAGGAGAAGUUACUAUAACCCUUCGAGGAACGUCUGACUAAUACCUCCUUUUCCCUUCCCUGUCUCACUCGAGGCUGUUCUUCACUGCUCUCUAGUGAAGCGUAAUCUCUCUGCGCUACUGCUAAAUCCAAUACCCCCUAUUGUCGGUCAUGUGAGGUGUGUAUAGAGGGAGAGAGAAGGAAGGGGGGGGGUCAACCCAAGGUCCCACGCUGUUUGUUCUGCAUCGUAAUUGAGAUGUUAUUUUGGAUUCUCGUCUCUGCAGAUUAUAGAUUUUUCUACAGCUCAAGAGCUAAACAACUGGACUUGGCUGUCACACUCUUUCUCUUGCUUCCCCCUCUCCUCUCUGCUCACUUUCUUAAGGAUGCUUCUUUCCAUGCCACUAACUGAUAAGCAACAACAACGUUAUGUCUGACCCAGCCCCAUAAGGGUUGUGUGUAUGCCACUAGGUUGUAUAAGGUUCUGUGAUUUUAAUGAAUCUUAAUUAAUCGUGAUCAUUGUUAAUCCCCUCUCCGGACCCCCGACAUGGAGGAUAACGAGUGUGUGAUCUAACGAACAGAGUCAACAGAGAGAUGUUGCCAGGGUCCACAUUACACACAACAUGCACAGGAGCAGGGAGAAAGACUGAUAGAGAGAGAAAUAAAAGAGCGAUGGAUGGAGGCUGAGGUGAAAAGUGAAUGAGGCCCAUUGAAGUAUGGGGGAGCUGCAGGGGAGAGACUACAGCAGCAGGGCUUUAAGAGGAGCAGCAUGGAGCCCCUAAUUGCACUUGAGUUACUGUAGUUCGUACUGCUGGGAGACAGUCAGCAACCUGCCUGCAGGUCUCGAUCUCUCUCAGACACACACACUCACAUCACACAUAGCCUCUUAAACUUACACUUAGGCUGCAUUUACACAGGCAACCCAAUUCAGAUCUUUUUCCCACUAAUUGGUCUUUUGACCAGUCACAUCAGAUCUUUUCACAUCAGUGGUCCUCUGUAGCUCAACUGGUAGAGCACGGCGCUUGUAACGCCAAGGUAGUGGGUUCGAUCCCCGGGACCACCCAUACACAAAAAUGUAUGCACGCAUGACUGUAAGUCGCUUUGGAUAAAAGCGUCUGCUAAAUGGCAUAUUAUUAUUAUAUUAUAGAUCUUUUUCAGAGCGGAUCUGAUUGGUCAAAAGACCAAUUAGUGAAAUAAAGAUCAGAAUUGGGCUGCCUGUGUGAACGCAGCCAUAUGCUGUUAGAAUGCUCCUGGAUUUGUAUAGUCACAUGUUUUGCUACAUGAUUUCUACACUGCUCUGAUAUGUUAUGUGGGGUUGUGUCUGUGCUGUUUCAUAUCAUCCGUCUGUGUUCUGUUCCAGACCAGUCUCAGGAAAAGAGGUCCACCUCUGUUGCCGUGGCAGGGGCAGUGAUGGGGGCAGUCCUCGCCCUCUUUCUCAUAACCGUCUUCACCAUCGUCAUCCUCACUGCACGGAAGACCUCGGUCCCAACGUACACAGACAAAGUGUGAGUUGAAGUGCUGUCACAGUAUACUGCAGCAGUAUUGGAUCAAUUCAUCCAUUGGUUAAUAUCGUCAACUGAUAUGUUGUGUGACUAUCUAAUCAUCAUGGAGUUGCAGUAUAACUCAAAUCCAAAGGGCUUUCCUAUACAUACUGCGUUUUGAGUCAUUCCACUGCAGUGUACCAUAAAAUGGAGUCUGGUGCAGGGAGGUAGAGAGGUGGUGGUACAAGGUUGAGGGGUGAUAGGUAAUUGCAGUCUUGGCAGGAGUCCCUUGUCUUGUUUUGCUGAGUAGGUUUCUAUUGCUAGACCUGCACUCAUGUUAACGUUGGGGCAAGGUGAAGGAAGGGACUUUUAGAGUAAAUUAUUUACAUGAGAGUUGGGUCACUCCCUGCCCAAGAGGUCUGUGACUGACAUCUGGCCCAGUGUGUGUGUGUGUGUGUGUGUGUGGGUGGAUGGGUCGAUGGGUGGAUGAGUAGAUGAGUUGGGUGGAUUCAAGUGAUUGGGAUUCCCCAAAGCAUGUGGCUAACAUCAUAUUUUUCAACUCAUAUCUGUGCGUCCUCCUGUCCUCCCUUUAGGGUGCAGUUUUAUGUCAGGCACACACACAUAUGCACCCAAUAUAAACGGAGUGCUUUAACCAGUCUACCCUCCAGUUGAAACAACAUUUUCCAAUACAGGAUGUGAAAAUUACACCAUAGAUAUGGAGCUCCAUCCGGCAUCGUUAUCCCCAAAGGGAUUACAUCAUCUCUGUUUUCCAUUUGUUCUUGAAAGGCCUCCUCAAUCCCACACCUCCCCUGUCUGUCUGCAUUUCCUCACCGUCCAUUCACAGAUUCAGAUUCUGACAACCAGGACAAGCUAGCCAAUCAGCCGCUCCCGUUCCAUAGUGUUGGGCGGCCCCUAGCGAACCAUCACUCCCAUGAGGGAGACAGAGAGAGACACAGUGAGCUGAAGAGGAUGUGUCUAUUGUGGGAACAGUCCGUCUGUGGUGCUACAGCCUUUAUUACCCUGCUACACUACACGCUGUUAAACACUGCAUGCAGGGUAGGGUUCCAUUACACUACACGCUGUUAAACACUGCAUGCAGGGUAGGGUUCCAUUACACUACACGCUGUUAAACACUGCAUGCAGGGUAGGGUUCCAUUACACUACACGCUGUUAAACACUGCAUGCAGGGUAGGGUUCCAUUACACUACACGCUGUUAAACACUGCAUGCAGGGUAGGGUUCCAUUACACUACACGCUGUUAAACACUGCAUGCAGGGUAGGGUUCCAUUACACUACACGCUGUUAAACACUGCAUGCAGAGUAGGGUUCCAUUACACUACACGCUGUUAAACACUGCAUGCAGGGUAGGGUUCCAUUACACUACACGCUGUUAAACACUGCAUGCAGGGUAGGGUUCCAUUACACUACACGCUGUUAAACACUGACAUGCAGGGUAGGGUUCCAUUACACUACACGUUGUUAACACUGCAUGAGGGUAGGGUUCCAUUACACUACACGCUGUUAAACACUGCAUGCAGAGUAGGGUUCCAUUACACUACACGCUGUUAAACACUGCAUGCAGGGUAGGGUUCCAUUACACUACACGCUGUUAAACACUGCAUGCAGGGUAGGGUUCCAUUACACUACACGCUGUUAAACACUACAUGAAGGGUAGGGUUCCAUUACAUUACACGCUGUUAAACACUGCAUGCAGGGUAGGGUUCCAUUACACUACACGCUGUUAAACACUGCAUGCAGGGUAGGGUUCCAUUACACUACACGCUGUUAAACACUGCAUGCAGGGUAGGGUUCCAUUACACUACACGCUGUUAAACACUGCAUGCAGGGUAGGGUUCCAUUACACUACACGCUGUUAAACACUGCAUGCAGGGUAGGGUUCCAUUACACUACACCUGUUAACAUGCAUGAGGUGGGUCAUACACACACUUAACGCAUGCAGGGUAGGUUCCAUUACACUACACACUGUUAAACACUGCAUGCAGGGUAGGGUUCCAUUACACUACACGCUGUUAAACACUCAUGAAGGGUAGGGUUCCAUUACAUUACACGCUGUUAACACUCACUGAAGGGUAGGUUCCAUUACACUACACGCUGUUAAACACUGCAUGAAGGGUAGGGUUCCAUUACACUACACGCUGUUAAACACUGACAUGCAGGGUAGGGUUCCAUUACAACUACCGCUGUUAAACACUGCAUGCAGGGUAGGGUUCCAUUACACUACACGCUGUUAAACACUAGCAUGAGGGUAGGGUUCCAUUACAUUACAGCUGUUAACACUGCAUGAAGGGUAGGGUUCCAUUACACUACACGCUGUUAAACACUGCAUGCAGGGUAGGGUUCCAUUACACUACACGCUGUUAAACACUGCAUGCAGGGUAGGGUUCCAUUACAUUACACGCUGUUAAACACUGCAUGCAGGGUAGGGUUCCAUUACACUACACACUGUUAAACACUGCAUGCAGGGUAGGGUUUACAUUACACACGCUGUUAAACACUGCAUGCAGGGUAGGGGUCCAUUACACUACACGCUGUUAAACACUGCAUGAGGUAGGGUUCCAUUACACUACACGCUGUUAAACACUGCAUGCAGGGUAGGGUUCCAUUACACCACACCUGUUAAACACUGCUGAGGGUAGGGUUCCAUUACACUACACGCUGUUAAACACUGCAUGCAGGGUAGGGUUCCAUUACCAUACUUAACACUGUUAAAAACACUGCAUGCAGGGUAGGGUUCCAUUACACUACACGCUGUUAAACACUGCAUGCAGGGUAGGGUUCCAUUUACACUACACGCUGUUAAAACACUGCAUGCAGGGUAGGGUUCCCAUUACACUACACACUGUUAAAACACUGCAUGCAGGGUAGGGUUCCAUUACACUUACACGCUGUUAAACACUGCAUGCAGGGUAGGGUUCCAUUACACUACACGCUGUUAAACACUGCAUGCAGGGUAGGGUUCCAUUACACUACACGCUGUUAAACACUGCAUGCAGGGUAGGGUUCCAUUACACUACACGCUGUUAAACACUGCAUGCAGGGUAGGGUUCCAUACACUACACGCUGUUAAACAUGCAUGCAGGGUAGGGUUCCAUUACACUACCACGCUGUUAAAACACUGCAUGCAGGGUAGGGUUCAUUACAUUACACGCUGUUAAACACUGCAUGCAGGGUAGGGUUCCAUUACACUACACGCUGUUAAACACUGCAUGCAGGGUAGGGUUCCAUUACAUUACACGCUGUCAAACACUACAUGAAGGGUAGGGUUCCAUUACAUUACACGCUGUUAAACACUGCAUGAAGGGUAGGGUUCCAUUACACUACACGCUGUUAAACACUACAUGAAGGGUAGGGUUCCAUUCACACACGCUGUUAACACUGCAUGCAGGUAGGGUUCCAUUACAUUACACGCUGUUAAACACACAUGAAGGGUAGGGUUCCAUUACCUACAUGCUGUUAACACUGCAUGAGGGUAGGUUCCAUUACACUACACGCUGUUAAACACUGCAUGAGGUAGGGUUCCAUUACACAUACACUGUUAAACACUGCAUGCAGGGUAGGGUUCCAUUACACUACACGCUGUUAAACACUGCAUGCAGGGUAGGGUUCCAUUACACUACACACUGUUAAACACUGCAUGCAGGGUAGGGUUACAUUACACCUACACGCUGUUAAACACUGCAUGCAGGGUAGGGUUCCAUUACACUACACGCUGUUAAACACUGCAUGUAUGGUAGGGUUCCAUACACUACACGCUGUUAAACACUGCAUCAGGGUAGGGUUCCAUUACACCACACGCUGUUAAACACUGCAUGCAGGUAGGGUUCCAUUACACUACACGCUGUUAAACACUGCAUGCAGGGUAGGGUUCCAUUACACUAUACACUGUUAAACACUGCAUGCAGGGUAGGGUUCCAUUACACUACACGCUGUUAAACACUGCAUGCAGGGUAGGGUUCCAUUACACUACACGCUGUUAAACACUGCAUGCAGGGUAGGGUUCCAUUACACUACACGCUGUUAAACACUGCAUGCAGGGUAGGGUUCCAUUACACUACACACUGUUAAACACUGCAUGUAGGUUAGGGUUCCAUUACACUACACGCUGUUAAACACUGCAUGCAGGGUAGGGUUCCAUUACACUACACGCUGUUAAACACUGCAUGCAGGGUAGGGUUCCAUUACACUACACGCUGUUAAACACUGCAUGCAGGGUAGGGUUCCAUUACACUACACGCUGUUAAACACUGCAUGCAGGGUAGGGUUCCAUUACACUACACGCUGUUAAACACUGCAUGCAGGGUAGGGUUCCAUUACACUACACACUGUUAAACACUGCAUGCAGGGUAGGGUUCCAUUACACUACACGCUGUUAAACACUGCAUGCAGGGUAGGGUUCCAUUACACUACACGCUGUUAAACACUGCAUGAGGGUAGGGUUCCAUUACAUACACGCUGUUAAACACUGCAUGCAGGGUAGGGUUCCAUUACAUUACACGCUGUUAAACACUGCAUGCAGGGUAGGGUUCCAUUACACAUAUACACUGUUAAACACUGCAUGCAGGGUAGGGUUCCAUUACACUACACGCUGUUAAACACUGCAUGCAGGGUAGGGUUCCAUUACACUACACGCUGUUAAACAAUGCAUGCAGGGUAAGGUUCCAUUACAUACACGCUGUUAAACACUGCAUGAGGGUAGGGUUCCAUUACACUACACGCUGUUAAACACUGCAUGCAGGGUAGGGUUCCAUUACACUACACGCUGUUAAACACUGCAUGCAAGGUAGGGUUCCAUUACAACACCUGUUAAAACACUGCAUGCAGGGUAGGGUUCCAUUACAUUACACGCUGUUUAAACACUCAUGCAGGGUAGGGUUCCAUUACAUACACUGCUGUUAAACACUGCAUGAGGGUAGGGUUCCAUUACAUUACACGCUGUUAAACACUGCAUGCAGGGUAGGGUUCCAUUACACUAUACACUGUUAAACACUGCAUGCAGGGUAGGGUUCCAUUACACUACACGCUGUUAAACACUGCAUGCAGGGUAGGGUUCCAUUACACUACACACUGUUAAACACUGCAUGCAGGGUAGGGUUACAUUACACCACACGCUGUUAAACACUGCAUGCAGGGUAGGGUUCCAUUACACUACACGCUGUUAAACACUGCAUGUAGGGUAGGGUUCCAUUACACUACACGCUGUUAAACACUGCAUGCAGGGUAGGGUUCCAUUACACCACACGCUGUUAAACACUGCAUGCAGGGUAGGGUUCCAUUACAUUACACACUGUUAAACACUGCAUGCAGGGUAGGGUUCCAUUACACUACACGCUGUUAAACACUGCAUGCAGGGUAGGGUUCCAUUACACUACACGCUGUUAAACACUGCAUGCAGGGUAGGGUUCCAUUACAUUACACGCUGUUAAACACUGCAUGCAGGGUAGGGUUCCAUUACACUACACGCUGUUAAACACUGCAUGCAGGGUAGGGUUCCAUUACACUAUACACUGUUAAACACUGCAUGCAGGGUAGGGUUCCAUUACACUACACGCUGUUAAACACUGCAUGCAGGGUAGGGUUCCAUUACACUACACACUGUUAAACACUGCAUGCAGGGUAGGGUUCCAUUACACUACACACUGUUAAACACUGCAUGCAGGGUAGGGUUCCAUUACACUACACGCUGUUAAACACUGCAUGCAGGGUACGGUUCCAUUACACUACACACUGUUAAACACUGCAUGCAGGGUAGGGUUCCAUUACACUAUACACUGUUAAACACUGCAUGCAGGGUAGGGUUCCAUUACACUACACGCUGUUAAACACUGCAUGCAGGGUAGGGUUCCAUUACACUACACGCUGUUAAACACUGCAUGCAGGGUAGGGUUCCAUUACACUACACGCUGUUAAACACUACAUGAAGGGUAGGGUUCCAUUUCACAACACGCUGUUAAACACUGCAUGCAGGGUAGGGUUCCAUUACAUUACACGCUGUUAAACACUACAUGAAGGGUAGGGUUCCAUUACAUUACAUGCGUUUGAACACUGCAUGAAGGGUAGGGUUCCAUUACAUUACACGCUGUUAAACACUGCAUGCAGGGUAGGGUUCCAUUACACUAUACACUGUUAAACACUGCAUGCAGGGUAGGGUUCCAUUACACUACACGCUGUUAAACACUGCAUGCAGGGUAGGGUUCCAUUACACUACACACUGUUAAACACUGCAUGCAGGGUAGGGUUACAUUACACCACACGCUGUUAAACACUGCAUGCAGGGUAGGGUUCCAUUACACCACACGCUGUUAAACACUGCAUGCAGGGUAGGGUUCCAUUACAUUACACGCUGUUAAACACUGCAUGCAGGGUAGGGUUCCAUUACACGACACGCUGUUAAACACUGCAUGCAGGAUAGGGUUCCAGUGUGUGCCUGUGUGUGUCUGUGUGUGUGCGCGUGCAUGUGUGAGUAUAUGUAUGUGUGUGAUUCUGACUAACCUUAUCCCUACAUUUUAGCCAUUUCUGAGAAAGAGCACUAGGGUUGAUCCUGUCAAUAAUGGGGAGAAUAAGCCUAGAUUGUUUCAUUCGUUUUGCCAUUGAUCCAAGGUCUUAUUUAACCAUUAUGGUAGCUGUCUGGUCACUUUGCAAAAUCCUCGACCUUGUCCUUGACUCUCUGGCUCUUUCACUGGAGAUUCACAUUUGUAUUCUACAGCUGUUUGUCCCCGCUUCCUUGGAGCCAACGAGUGUGAGAGCAGAUUCUCAGACUGACUGUUUGAGAGGACUCUAAUGCAGCCAGUCUGGCCAAAAGAAACACAACCCUGAUCUGAAACCCAGUAGUGAACAGCUGUGUGCGAAUGGUAAAGAGACUUUCUGUGCCUGCAUGCAUAGCUCCACAUAGCUCUACUACUCAAACAACACACACACACUCAGGUCCAGAGAGGUGUGUCUACUCUGGGCCUUCCUGUUUUGUGUCUGAUGCCAAAUGAAAGGCAGUCGGCCUGAGUGUGACCCUGGCUGUGUCCCUGAGGGCAUCCCUGUAGACCCGGGGGCCCAGCUGAAUGGAUACAGGCCUCAUCCCUCUUUGUCAUCACACACAUAUUAAAGCCCAGCUCUUCUUCUAAUGGAUCAGGUGCACUCUACAGUCCCACAGCCUUCUGUGGGAAACACACGCAAGGUCAUUAACUAUACAUCAGCCAUGUGUUCUCUGCAUGUCUCAUCCAAGUCAGAGAGAAGGAGAAGGAGACCUACGAGCUCUUAUGCCUUGCUAUGCUGAGGAGCAAGGAAUGCACUUUAGAGCAGUGUUUCCCAACCCUGGUCCUCCAGUACCCCCAACAGUACACAGUUGUGUUGUAGCCCUGGACACACACACCUCAUUCAACUCAUUGAGGGCUUGAUGAUUAGUUGACAAGUUGAAUCAGGUGUGCUUGUCCAGCAAUAAACACAUGGAAUUAUGGUCAGAGAGAGGAUGAAGGACAAAGAUUUGGAGUUAGAGAAAGAGCAAGAGAGAUGAUAUUAGAGCUCUCCAAAACAGGAGUAGAGUGUAGAGCAGGGGUAGGCGACCCCGGUCCUGGAGUAGGCACUUCCAUGUUUUUGAUUUAACCGACCUGGAAGACCAGGUGUGUUGAACUUAGGCAAUCACUGAACUGAUCCAUUAGCUGAGUUGGUCAGGUGUGGUGCCUAGUUGGAACAAAAUCCUGCAGUACCUGCGGCACUCCAGGAACAGGGUUGCCUAUCCCUGGUGUAGAGGGAAAAGCAGACAGCAUAGUGGAGUCAAGAUGUUGUGGUGGCCUCCCGAGUGGCGCAGAGGUCUGAGGCACUGCAUCGCAGUGCUAGAGGCGUCACUACAGACCCAGGUUCGAUCUCAGGCUGUGUCGCAGCUGGCCGCAACCGGGAGACCCAUGAGGCGGCGCACAAUUGGCCCAGCGUCUUCCGGGUUAGGGGAGGGUUUGGCCGGCAGGGAUGUCCUUGUCCCAUCGCGCUCUAGCGACUCCUAGUGGCGGGCGCAUGCACGUUGACUUCAGUCGCCAGCUGUACAGUGUUUUCUCCAACACAUUGGUGCGGCUGGCUUCUGGGUUAAGCGAGCAGUGUGUCAAGAAGCAGUGUGGCUUGGCAGGGUCGUGUUUCGGAGGACGCAUGACUCUCGAACGUCGCCUCUCCCGGGUCCGUACGGGAGUUGCAGCGAUGGGACAAGACUGUAAAUAUUGGGGGGUAAAAAGUAUUUAAAUAAAAAAAAUAUGCUGUAGUGGUGGUGUGGGGCGAAGUAGGAGCUUUCUGUAUCAUGAGGAUGGUUUUGACGAUUAGUGUUUAGAAUAGGAUCUGUUUCAGGGGAGUUGGCCAGUAUUUUGGUGUGGGGGGAGGGGGGAAUGUUGAGGGGAAUUUAUUUAUUAAUUUUUUUGUCAUUUAGCAGACGCUCUUGAGGGGGGUUUGAAGGAUGUGGGAGGAGAUUAGGUUGAUUGGCAAGCCAAGCAUGAGCUGAUGAGGGGACGGGUGUUAACCUAAUCACUCUAUUUAACUCGGCUUAGUGCUUGUCGAUUUUAGCCUGUAAUUGAAUUCAUUCACAGUGGAAACCGUUCCUAACACAAUUUAAUUAAUCUGGUUCUACAACUUUGCAAUUACCUGGUUUGCCAUCACACAAUAACAUGUCUUAAGGUGUGCGUUAUAGUCACUGUCAGUUUACAUUUUAAGAGAGACAACCAAUGUUUUUUAUUUUCUCCUGUCUCCCUGCAGGAUUGAUCUACCUCCGACACACAAGCCUCCUCCUCCCUACACAGAGAGACCCCCAGCCAUCCCUCUGGUUGUCCACGCACCACAGGUGGCCUCCCUGUCACAGGUAAACACUAUUAUUGUGUGUAGGGUUGCAGGUGGAGCUAAGGUUAGUGUUAUAUCUGGAGUUAGGCUUCUGGUUGUGGCCAGGUUUGGGGUUAAACCGGGAUGUGGACAUGAAGCUAGGGUUAGGGUUAUGGUUGUUGCACUACACCACACUGCUCCUUACAGGUCAACUUCUCAUUUAAGUAAACCUUAAAUCAAUUGAGCUCUGGGGAAGGAGAAGAGCUAGAUUGGGGUUAAAAUAGAGUUAGAUUCAUUCAGCUCAGUGAGAAGCAAAAGCAAGUCUUUCUUUUAAGAUCAUUGAAUGAUUCAUAGUCCUCUGUUUCCAACCAUGCAUCUCUCUCUCUCUCUCUCUCUCUCUCUCUCUCUCUCUCUCUCUCUCUUUCUCCCUCUUUCAUCCUACCCUUCUCCCUUCUGUUUCUAUCUUUACCUCAUUUACUGGUUCAUUUAAGAGUGAUAUUAGUAUUCAGGUCCAUACAAGGAACAUAAUGGCUUUGGCCUGAACCCUACCUCACGUGCAUACACACACACACACCAGUAAAGUUGAUUUUCUCUGUGUUUUUAAAUGAGUAUCUGUGUAUGUAGAGCUACAGAGUCUAGUGUUCCCAACAAAGGCUGUCGUCUGUCUGGACUUCUUGGAGAACAGUAAUUUCUAUCCAUCUAGCGUCUCUCCUCUGAGACCCUCUACUGAUUCAGUGCCAAUUCUCUUCAACUCAUUCCCUCAUCUUUGAUGUGCUUUUUUAGCUGCAUAUAUUUAGGGUUGAAAAGUUUUUAGUUUUUUAGUAGAAAGUUGAUAUGACUAAUUUCCGGAAUAUAUAUUUAUUUUGUAUCAACAGCGACCAAGUGUGUCAUCCCAUCCUCUAUUUUUGCAGGCUCACAGGGCUGAGCGGCAGUUUGAGAUGGCAGAGAGAACACCUGCCAGGCUCAUGCCCCGGGAACCCCAAAGCCCCUCCCACCAGCCUCUGUCCUAUCAGGAGUGGGUGUGUCACCAGAAUGGGGCGGAUCGCAUCUACAUCAACCACCGGGAACACUAUGUGUGACGGACACGUCCUAAACCUUCUAUGGUCCUGUCAAUCAAUCACUCACCCCGCCCCACCCAUCGCC